GUGACACGGAAACUUUGACGCUGCUCGUUCGUACAGUAGCUCACAGUAGGCUACUACAUGUGCGGGGCGGAGCUUCGCAUGCAACAUAACAUUGACAGCGCAACUAGUUUGAUUCAGUCUGGCACGACAGGAACUCCGAGGCUACAGAUGCGUCGACGGUGGCUUAAUUCAGCUUAGAAACCUAGUCCUAUUACCAUGCAGACAGGAGUAGAAAUCCCCCCGUGUUCACCGGCGAGCAACUGAAGACCGUGGAGCUCUUUCCUCAUGACAGCAGCACUGGAGAUGCGCGCGGGGCUCUCGUGCGCUCUGUCUUCAGGGCGAGAUAGCUAGACUUUUCUAAUCUUAUCUGUAAACCUUUUAUUAUUCCUCCACCAAGGAGCUGCUAGUGGGAUUUCCUUCGUCAGAUUAGACUUGUCUCCAGCUCGCUUCUUAUCAUGGAGAUGCACACGGACGUCCUACUAGUGACUGCAAACGUCGGAUCACUGUUUGACAAUGUGGGUGAUAUUGAAGGAGACUGGCUUCAAGAGUUCUUCAUGACGGUGCACAUGCAUAAGCCAUGCUUCGUCGCCCUGCACUUUCAGGAAGUUGGUGGAAAGGAAUAUAUGGUGAACAUGGGCCACGCAGAGAACUUUUUCCGGACCAUAGAGUCCAGAUAUGAGAUGGCUGACUUCGACAGAGUCUGUGUUUAUGCAGACAGUAAUUUCAAGGCUAUUGACAGUUUCACGGCUCUGGGAAGCAUGUAUUUCAUCCACAAGUCUCUGAAAAAUAUCCAACAAUAUGACUUCAGUGUGAAGGAGUUUAAAGCCGUAUCAGGCCAUAACAAGUACAUGGGCUCGCUGGAAGAAGUGGCUACCAUAGAAAAAGAGAAAUUCCCUAAGAACUUUUGGCCUGAUUUCAAGUGGUCCAGAAAAGGUUACAUGAGGACACGAUGGCUCAUUCACAGCCAGGGUUUAGACCUGGUGAAUGUUCACCUGUUUCACGACGCCUCCAACCUCAUAGCCUGCAACUCUAGUCCGUCGGUGUAUUCUGCAAACCGCAAGAAAGCGCUCAGAUACGUCAUCAAAAGGAUAUCAGAUAGCAGCUACAGUCCUCUUCCCUUCUUCCUGUUUGGGGAUUUCAAUUUCCGCCUUGACACACUUAGUCUAGUACAGAACCUCUCCAUGUCGGCUGAUAUCCAGAUGGUAAAAAGAAACAGUAGCAACGAGGUAGAAAAAAUCAUCUUCGAAGAGAAGGACAAUGACCACAAGGUCCUCCUUCAUAUAGAGAGCAAGUUAUUUGCUUACUUGCACCAGGCCAUGUUCAGAGAAAACAACGGAAAAGAGCUGCUGAAGUACGAUAAGGAGAUCUCUGCAUUCCACGACGUCAUCACAGAGGAGGAGAUCCACUUUCCUCCCAGUUAUCCAUACAGUGAAGACUACACUAAACCUACACAGUACAUGAACACACGAUGCCCGGCAUGGUGCGAUCGCAUCCUGAUGUCCCACAGCGCAUCAGACAUCAUCCACCGGAGGGAGGAGGGUGAGAGUGGGGUUGUUUAUAACACACUGGGCUCCAACAUCUGCAUGGGAGACCACAAGCCGGUUUUCCUGUUUUUUCCAAUGAAGACAAUUACACAUUGACACAGUCCAGGGAGAGUCGGAGGGGCUUCCUGCGUUGUUGAUGUGUACCUAGAAGUUAUUCUGUGGACAUCUCUACCGAUCAAGCCAGUACACACACACCGAGACAUGAGCAGACCCUUACAACAACUACCCACCGAUCGCAAAGGACCCCCGAAACCUCCAGCACAACACAUGAACCGUUCAUUUCUAAAAGCCAUGUUCUCUGGUUUCACAAUAUACAUUUAACAAAGACUUAAGUAUGUUCAGCGUGACUUCAGCGCAAAAACACUUCUCAAAGCUCUCAACUCCUGACUUUUAGGUUUACACUUUGCAUAGAGUAUGUAAACUUCUGCGGAUUACUAUGGCAAAGCUUUAAAAUUACAACUCCAUUGGUGUGCUUUUACAGAACUCAUUGUAAGGAUGUGAAUGCAAGUACAAGUAUGCUAAGCAUAUCCAAACGCAAGCUGCUGCAACGCACAAGCUUUUGUGGCUGCUUGAAUCCAAAAUCCGGAAAACUUUUUGCAUUACAGUUCAUUCAUAGAGUGUAGCAACCAUUCUGG